CCUGUCUGUGUGUGUCUCUCUCUCAGUAGAUGUGUAGUGGGUGGCCAGGGAAGGGUUAAGUGCUCCGUCCGAAUAAACUCUGCUCAAACAGUCUGCUGGAAGCUACUGGUUCAGCCUUUAUAUACAGUCACUUGACAAAUCCCAACAGGGGUUUGUAGCUGAGAGCAGCUGCUGACCCAAACUCGGGCUUUAAAAAGGCAAGCUGGUGCACUGGCAUCAUCACACUGCUUUGGACAGCAUGAAGGCACUCUUACUGACCUGUAUGCUGGUGCCGUGGCUGGCGGCUGCCUCGGCCAGAAGGUCUGACCAGGACACACAGAUGAUACCAGGAUCUAUACCUGGCAGGGGGCUGGACAGAUACUUCAGUGACCAUUUAAAAUCAAGGAGGGCUAGGAGGACACUGCCUCCAGCUGAUGAACCUGAGGCUACCCCAGGGGAAGAAGCCGCUGACUUGCCCACCUGCCUGCUGUGUGUGUGUCUGACUGGUUCAGUGUACUGUGAAGACAUCAGUCCAGACAUGACCACCGUUCCCACACUCCCUAAAGAGACGGCCUACCUGUAUGCCCGCUUCAACAAGAUCAAAAAGAUCAGCACCAAAGACUUUUCUGACUUUUUGACUCUGAAGAGGAUUGACCUGACCGGGAACCUGAUCUCAGAAAUUGAAGAUGGGGCGUUCUCACAGCUAACCCUGCUGGAGGAAUUGUCUCUAGCUGAGAACAGACUGGUCAAACUUCCAACACUCCCCACCAAACUCACAUCCUUCAACGCCAACCACAACUUCCUCAAAACUAGCGGUGUCAAAACUAAUGCUUUCAAGAAACUGACCAAGCUACUCAAACUGUACCUGGCCAAUAACCAGCUACAAGCUAUUCCACACAUCCCAGAGAGCGUUCGGAUCUUACAUCUACAGAACAACAACAUCACUGUGGUCAGCAAAGACUCCUUCUGCAGGUCCAAUGACACCUACUACCUACGACUAAGCCUCAGUGAGGUCCGUAUGGACGCCAACCCCGUGAUACUGUCCAAGCACCCUGAUAGCUUCACCUGUCUUAAGGCCCUCCCUGUCGGACAGUACCGCUGAGGAUGCAGAAACUUUACUGCAUCCCCUUUGUCGCUGACGAAGCAGUUUUCCCACAACACAGUGCUGAGAAGGAAAUCAGGACAUUCUGGAAUUUAGGGCACUGGUCCCAUAGUGGGGAUAAAGGUGUCAGUGUUUUUACUUCAGCAAACCUACAAACAGCUUGUGACACUGUCAGGUUGAAAUGAAACCAGUCUCUGUAGUGAAGGUGUAAAGUUGAAGGAGUUUCUCUACUCUGGCCUUCAUCAGUUCUACUGUCUGGGGGAGGAGUAGACCUGUGUUUGCAGAAGAUGCACCAGAGUUAUUCAGAUUCAGUCACAUAAAUUGGUGUUAAUAUGCUUCAAAUUAUCUGUGUGCCCACAUCCUGGUUCAAAGACGCCACAGGUGAGGUGUCUUCUGAAUGUCUUUUCCACAGAUGAUGCAGAAUUGGUGCAAUCCCUUGAAUGAGUGGAGAAGCGUCAACACCUCUACAUCAACAGUCCAGUUUGUUUCAUUUUGACCUGACACUGUACUACCUGGAUGAAACUGCUUGACAAACUGAACCAACACACACCUGCAGCCACAAGUCAAGCGGCUUGCUUGUAACUACUUGUACCUAUUAGUUUAAAUAACAACAAGCUAAUGUUUUCACAUUCUUUGUGAAAUCAAUUUUAUAACACAAGCUUUUUGUUACUAUAAGUAACUAAGUAAAAGAAAAAAUAAUUAUCGAAUAAAUUCCAAUUACUACGUUAUAGUCAUCUUUGCUGCUUUUGCUGAGCUAAAUAAGUAUCUUGUACAGUGUAAAAUUUCUCAUUCCAAGGUUUUUCAUUAAAUUAAAAACAAUGUUUCAGAAUAGCACACCAAGUAAAAUAUAUUGAAAAGGCGAUGAUCAUGGACCCAGUUGUUUUUCUAGCCUUUCAUCUUACUCGCUGUGGGUCAACUGGCAUUUGGACAGUCACCACUGAAAAAACACUACAUGGCUCACUCCAUUACUUAUGCUUCUCCAAAAGGACAAUGGCCAUGUUGUCUUGUCUGGUGCUUCACGACUUAACUUCACUGUUUUAAUUUAUGGACCUGGGGAACAAUGUAUCUAUGAACUAUAGUAAUGUGAAGAUUACUCCUCUCAUUUUUGUCUGCUUUUAAAAUGUCUUGCUUAAGUCCCUAACUCUUCCCUUCCAAUAAUAAAAAUUUAUUUAGAAAUUAUUACUGAUGUGAAUAUGACAGUGGUGUACAGGAAGGUAUGUGUGUAAC